UCUCUCUAAAAUCUCUCUGUGAUAAACAAACGUUAAGGUAAGAUGUUUAGUUUUAUUUUCUUCAUAAUUUUGUUUAUAAAAUUCAAAAGACUAAUUAUAAAUUUUUUAUUUGAUUAAGGAGAUGGAUAAUGGAUCGUGGAGUGGAUAUAUGUCGUAUUGCAAUGAACGUGGGUUUGCUCCGGAUUUGAAUCUUGGUUCCGAAACCCAACCACCGGAGGAUUUUCCCAUGGAGGACACGGAAGUUCCGGAGACGGAACCAUUGGCGAUGCCUACACGGAAUGAUGAUGCAAAUCCACUCGAUUCUAUGACGCUAGACCAAUUACUCCGUGCUCCGGGUCGAGAUAAAUUGAAAAAGAUCGACCCAAGCCGUAUGCACGGAACAACUUGGUAUCGAUUCGAUAAAGGAUUCACAAAGAUUAUCAAGAAAAUCAUGGAGAGCGAUUUCCCCGAUCCCGCUCCGAAUAUUACGUCGGUCUCCGGAGACACAAAGAAACGUUGGUUUAAGGCAUUUGCGGUUAGUUUAUUUAAAUAAAAUUUAUGCUUUAUUUACUUUGU